UUCACUUGGUCGUUCGCACCAAUACAUUUCCUUCCUGUCGGCCUAGAUUUUUUUUCCGCCACGACUAAAGCCGUCGAAGCUUAGAACUUGACUCUGGACGUGUUUUUCUUUUGUAGACAACUCAUCAAGAGAUAUAUGUUUAAAAUAACCAAUUCAUUCAAGGUACUGUUAUUACUCGCGUAGUUUCACCAGUUUUCGGAAGUGUUUGAGGAGAUUGAAAACGACGUCGACGACAGGGAACCAAGAGGACGACUGCAUACCGGCAAACAAAGAACCCUUCCUUCAGAUAAUUUCUCUCUUCUCUUUAGUUAGCUAUGAGUCAUGUGGCCGUUGAAAAUGUACACGGUCUAGAUCAGCAGUUGGCUGCUCUAGACUUGAACCCAGACCUGCAGGGUGGGGGCACUGGCCGACGUUACAUUCCACCUCAUCUAAGGAACAAAGAAGUCUCCAAAAAUGCAGGAAAUGCAUUUGGUAGACAGAGCGGGUACUCAGUUGGGCCUGGGAACAGCUAUGCUGGAGGAUGGGAUGGUGGCCGUAACAACGGCUUUGUGAACGGAUACAAUGAUGCCAACGGCAUGAACGGGCGCGGGGGCAUUCGCCAGGACCGCGGAGGGGGGCGUGGAGGGUACCGCGGUCGAGGAGGAAGUUCCUACAAUCCUGCCCAGAUGCAGAACUCAGGAUUUGGGUACGAGGCCAAGGACAAUGGUGGUGGCUGGAAUGUGCAGAAAGAUGCUUACACAAGCUUCGGCGGCCGCAGUGACCGAGGCAAAUCUGCCUUCGAUCGUACCUCUACACGGGGAAGUGGUAGAUACGAGCGUGGAGGUUUUGGAGGUGGAGGAAACGGUCGCUGGUUGGACGACUCGAGAGAGGAGGAAGAUUGGUCCAAACCUCUGUCCCGCAACGAGCGAACGGAGAACGAACUGUUUGCCGGGUGCAACACAGGAAUCAAUUUUGAGAAAUAUGAUGACAUUCCUGUGGAGGCAACAGGACACGACAGUCCGAGUCCCAUCGAUCAGUUCCAAGAUAUCGAGAUGGGGGAGAUCAUCAUGGGCAACAUCGGGCUGAGCCGUUACACUCGUCCCACUCCAGUGCAGAAGCAUGCCAUUCCCAUCAUCAAGUCCAAGAGAGACCUGAUGGCCUGCGCCCAGACAGGUUCUGGGAAAACGGCUGCGUUCCUGCUGCCCGUGCUCAGCCAGAUCUACACCGAGGGGCCGGGAGAGGCUCUUCAGGCCGCCAAGAACAGCGCCCAGGACAACGGCAGAUACGGCCGCCGCAAGCAGUACCCCCUCGCUCUGGUCUUGGCCCCGACUAGAGAGUUGGCUUUGCAGAUCUACGAUGAAGCCAGGAAGUUUGCGUAUCGCUCCCGUGUGCGUCCCUGCGUUGUGUACGGAGGAGCCGACAUCGGCCAACAGAUCCGUGAAUUGGAGCGCGGCUGCCACCUUCUGGUGGCCACGCCUGGGCGUCUGGUGGACAUGAUGGAGAGGGGCAAGAUUGGCAUGGACCACUGCUGUUACCUGAUCCUGGACGAGGCUGACCGCAUGUUGGACAUGGGUUUCGAGCCCCAGAUCCGUCGUAUCGUUGAGCAGGACACUAUGCCACCCAAAGGCGUGCGCCAGACUAUGAUGUUCAGUGCCACGUUCCCCAAAGAGAUCCAGAUCCUGGCGCGGGACUUCCUGGAGGACUACAUCUUCUUGGCCGUGGGCCGAGUGGGCUCCACCUCAGAGAACAUCACGCAGAAGGUGGUUUGGGUUGAGGAGAGCGAUAAGAGGUCCUUCCUGCUGGAUCUCCUCAACGCCACAGUUAUGCCUAGCGAUGGUCAGGAACCAACUGCGGAAAACACCGGGAAGCCUGGCAAGGAGUCUCUCACUCUGGUGUUUGUGGAGACCAAGAAAGGCGCCGAUGCUCUGGAGGACUUCCUGUACCGCGAGGGCUACGGCUGCACCAGUAUCCACGGCGACCGCUCACAGAGGGACCGUGAGGAGGCGCUGCACCAGUUCCGCUCCGGGAGAUGCCCCAUCCUGGUGGCCACCGCUGUGGCUGCUCGAGGACUGGACAUCCCUCACGUGAAACACGUCAUCAACUUUGAUCUUCCAAGUGACAUCGAGGAGUAUGUCCACCGCAUUGGACGUACAGGCCGUGUAGGAAAUCUGGGCCUGGCCACCUCGUUCUUCAACGACAAAAACUCCAACAUCACCAAGGACCUGCUGGACCUGGUUGUGGAGGCCAAGCAGGAGGUGCCGUCCUGGCUGGAGAGCCUGGCCUUCGAGCACCAGCACAAGAGCAGCAGCCGCGGACGCUCCAAGGGGAGGUUCUCUGGCGGGUUUGGGGCGCGGGACUACCGGCAGACGAGCGGCGGAGGUGGCAGCAGCGGCGGCGGCGGCAGCAGCUUCGGAGGCCGAGGGGGCCGCAGCACCGGCGGUCACGGAGGAAACCGCGGAUUUGGUGGCGGUGGCUUUGGGAAUUUCUACGGCAACGACGGAUACGGAGGAAGCUACUCUCACUCGCAAGUGGACUGGUGGGGCAACUAAUAAUUCAAAUACCCCGACUUUUCAGCCCUCCACUCAAUACAUGUUGAUGGGCUCAUACGGCCCUAUUUGCUGAAUGAGAACCACAUGUUAGCCAGUUUGAAUAACCAUAUGUAGCUUGAGACCCUAUCCGUACAUUAUAAGUUGUGAUUCUUUGUGAUGACUUGGUUGGGGAAAAAAAAAAAACAGAAUCUGGCACGCGUCAUGAGAACAUAUCCACUGUUACCGUGACGGCAAGAAAACAUCUGCUGUCCACUGCUUGUUCUGUGACACAAAGAUGAAUGACCAAGUCAAAGGCUGUAUGUUAUUUGCAUCUUACUUAUCUUUUGCAGAACAAAGAAUCACUCGAUAAUGUACUGUCUUUUUUGUUUUUUUGUUUUUUUUUCUUUUACAUUUGCUUUUAUUCAAAAGCAAUGUACUUACUGACACCAGGCCAUGAACUUCAAGUUUUAUAUUUUCUUAAAAGGCAAAUAAUUGAGCUCAGAUUAAAUCAAACCUUGGCAAAUGUCUUGCGAAAUGAUGACUCGUCAGUCAUUAUUCCAUUUUGAACUUUUCAAAUUUUGUCACCAGCCAUCCAGUGACGUGAUCAUAGGUUGUGUUCCUUCAGGAAGCAACGAUCUGGCAAAAUGCAUUUCAAAUGAAAACGUGAUCUGUUCACUAGUUCUUUAAAGGUACCUUUUGGAUUUUGUUGAUCAAGCCAUUCCAGUGCAUAAUCUUAAUAUUCAGUCAUUAUUUAAUUUUCUCAGAAUGUGUUUACAGAGCUGCAAAGGCACUUGGUGCUUCAACUUAAAGGCCAUUCAUUUUAGCUUAUCUGCAAAGGCAGCUAGUUGAUUUUGAGAGACUAGCGUGUGAAUGGUAUGUUAUUGAAAUAGCGCAUUCUUACUUGAACUGUAUGGAAACGGGAUGGAUAUCGAGUAAAUGUCUAUCUUUAUCAUAAUGUGAGAUUGGAAUUGUACAAAAGCAGCGUUUGCAAAAGUGGAAUGGCUACAUUAGUGCCACAGGAGUAGAGUGUGUGUUAAUGCUACCACUGCAAUGGUCCCAUGCUAGUGUUUUUUUGUUUUGGUCAAGGAGACAAAAUCUACAGAAGGCUUUUUUUUUUUUUCACUACGCAAUCAUAAAACAAUCAUUUUUUUUUUUAUUUCACUUAAUUUUCUUGGUCUCUUUGUUUUUUUGUUUUUUUUUCAAGCUGCGUUCAAAAAAAAAAAACUCCAAAAGACGUACAGGCGUAACUCGUAUGAGGCACAGUUCCACCAACCAUUAGAACACGGCUGGGUGUUCCCCCCGCCAUUAGAACACGGCUGGGUGUUCCCCCCCCCCCCCCCCCCCGCCAUUAGAACACGGCUGGGUGUUCCCCCCCCGCCAUUAGAACACGGCUGUGUGUUCCCCUUAGGAAGCAGAGUGGACAGCUGAGGCUAGCUCUAGAAUAUGGUAGGAUAUCCAAGAACAUAGGAGCUUCACAACGUGUGGCUUUUGAAGCAUAAUUACCUUUUUGUUUUUGUUGUAGUCAUUCUUUGAUACAACUAGUGUUACCAUCUGAUUGGGUGCUGUUCAACGCUUGUUCCAUUCUGACUGUAUUUUGGCAGCUAAUGUGAGGAAAUCUAGAGUUUGGGUUGCUGUAGUGUUCUGUGGAGACUAGAUCAGUGGUUCGUGGCCGAGACGUCGAGGGGUGGGGGGUUCCCCCCCCCACUCUAGGCAGGCGGCAUCAUUUUUUCUCAAGGAGAAAGUCAUUUGGGAGUGGGCAUGAGAAGUCUUUUGACUGAAGUGCAAUAUAUUCACUUUCAACUGUGUUGUGCCUUGAUAUAUUUCAGAUGAAUAAUCCAGUCUUAGCCCAAUACCAAUGCACUGACAGUAUUGUGGUCACAAAAUGUGUGUGGUGCUACAAGUUGGGUCUAGAUUCUCUUACAUUACACCCAUCAAGUUUUAUUAAAGUUAUUUUAUUGAUUGCACGUGUGCAGUUUUAUAGAUGUCUCGUACGUGUCCUUAUGUGUAAAGAUUGUUAAAACGCAGCUUGUUUACAAAAGGGGAGAGGGUUCUCAGUAUUUUACCUGGGUUUAUUUGGGACCAGGAAAUUGGCAGUGGAGAAUUUAGCCAUUUGCACAGAUUACUAGAUUCUACUUUUGCUGCUAGACUGUAAUUUAUUAAGCAUUUUUGAAAAGUAUUUAUUUUUAUAUGCCUAAAAAGUGAUACUUUCAAUUAACUUGACCAAAAGACGGUAAAAACACUGGCACUUGAAUGUUUGUCACCUGAGUGAAAGUUGUUUAUUGGGAUAGUGUGAGGUUGUUAGUGUCAACUAUCGGCCUCGUGUGCAUUUGGAUCAAUUCAAUUUGGCUGUCAAAAUUUGAAAGCUUACCACCAUGCCAAGGUUUGGAAAGAAAAAAAAAAAUAACAGUACAUUGUUGUCAGUAAAUAGUGUUUUGUUUUGGUUUUUUUUAGCCCCUUUUCCCCACCCCACCCUUUAUAACUGGCACAUGAGAAAUUUAUAAAAGAAAACAUACUACAUGUGGUGUACUAUAAUGUUCAGAUGGAUUACCGGGCGUCCUAAGGAGGAGGCCCUCUGAUGGGUUUGCUACUUUAGCAGCCAAGUGAGACUUUUUAUUGGGUUUCUCACUCCCAGUAGAGGUUAGUAUUUGCUUUAUGGAAUAGUGUAGAUACUAUGCACUACAUGAAGACAACUGUCAAUUGUAAGAUUUUACCAAAUUAAAUUUUGACAUUGCAAAUGCA